AUGUUGGGAGUGGGUCCUAUGAACUACCAGGGAACACCCAAGGUAAAAAAGCCCAAAGCUCAUGCAAGAGGUGCGACAAUACCAGGACCUUCCACACCAGGUUCCAUCCAAGCUCCAUUGACACCAGGUUCAUCUUCAACUGGUUUUGGUGGAUUCACCAAUGCUCAGGUUCAACAAUUUCCACAAACACCCCAACUGCCAUCAACCCCAUCACUGCAAACAACAGGUUCAUUCGACAGCAGCAAUUUUCAUACGGUUCUCAGUGAUGCAUCGACAGGUACGAAGAAGUCUGGUGGCUUCUUUCGUCUUUUUAAGAAAGAUUCAAGGUCGGACGGCACAAGAAGUAAGGAAGAUUUACCAAGUCGUGGCAAAACACUCUAUGGUCGAAGUGAAGAGCUUACAGUUGAACCAGAGUCAUUUGAUCCUGUAGAGGAAAUGGGUACUUUGCCACCUCCAGACUACAUUCGGCCUAUACCAGGACAAAAGCUUAUUCCUCGAAGAGAGCCUAAUGCAUUGUCUAGAACAACAUCGAGUCCACUUGGAGGAAUGACGCAGAUCGGAAGAGCUCGAGCUCGGGCUGCAGCCAGGUUGAAUGAAUCAAUUACUGAGGUUUCAGAGUCUGAAUGGCAAACCACUACCGAUGGCGAUGAGGAGCAAUCGGCACUCGCUAAUUCGUCAUCAUUUUACAAUGAAACCUCCAAUAGUUUCAAUGACAUUAUUGACCUCGAAGAGCAACAUCAGUUCAUUGUUUUAGCAUCAGCACCUGAUGGUGAUGAUUCUGCUAUUGCUGAAUGGACCAACUACAUCAGAUGUUAUUCUGGAGGCUCUUUCAACAUCUCGAAUCCUCCUGCUCCACCUCCGCGGCGUAUGGAUUUCACUUACCUGCCAGCAAUGUACCCACAUGAUGAAGCGACCAGAAUUACAAAGCACUAUUCCAUCGAUGUACCAUGGCCUGCAGAGUUGAGUGCAAAACUUCUUGCUUUGAUGGACGCAGCAGCAAAGCGAUUCCGCAUCAAUUCUGCUUCACUCAGUAUCUUUGAUGAACGCUUUGAGAAAUUUAGAAUUGAUGUGGGCUACAAUAUUGGUGACAUCGAGCGCACAACAAGCAUAGCAGCCCAUGCACUUUAUUCGGAAGAAGUUCUCGUCAUCUUGGACACACAUCAGGAUUGGCGUUUCGCGGGAAAUCCUUGGGUCACUGGCUCCCCCUAUACUCGGUUCUUUGCUGGAGCACCUUUGAUCUCAGAUGCCGGAGGAAUCAUUGGUGUUUUUGCCAUUUUCAGCAAGCAGCCUAGAUCUGAAUUCCUUCGAGGUGAUCGGCGAGAGCUGGCCGAAUUUGCAGCCUUGAUGGCAAAGGAUAUGUGUUUGCAUGGUGAACAUAUGUCCGACCCUGAUCUGCGUCAUUCCGUUGUCAGAUCGAAGCGAGAUACAAGAACCAAUUUGGUUCCGCAUCCGCUUCAUUUUCAAAAGCAGUUGUCACCUUUGGUCACCCAGCCAGCUUUCUUCCCCAUGGAAUUCAACUUUCAGAAACAUUCAUCACCUUUGACCAAGCAAUCGCAGUUCUUUACUGACGGUCAAAGCGAGGAUGUUUUCGUGAACUCUCCCGAGACUUCCAUGUCUAUGUCUCAUGACUCAUCGGCUCGUGAUUCUGACAUUUUAUACAUGGCCGCCCCACCACGCAGUAGAGGCUUCUCUGCCGAGUCUGUUUUUCCUAAUCACAAUUCGCCAGAGGCCUUUCACCAAUAUCUGACCCCAACCCAGCCUCAAGGUUCCGACAAUCGUCCAUAUUCUGCAAGUGAUUUGACCUCGGUGGAUAUGCCACAGAACAACACUCCAAAUGACUCGUACUAUUCUGGACGGAAUUCUGAUUAUUAUCAAUUCGAUCUGGAUGGACCAGCUACCCCAAAACAGCCAAGAUUUGUUUUCCCGAAUUCAAUUUAUCGCAGUCUUGGUCCAUCGACCAGUGGAAUCUCGCUGAACAACAGUUUUGGGCGACUGUAUAUGGAAGGUGAUAGCAUGCUAGGAAAUAGCUUUCAUCAGGAGCUCCUGGAACCAGAAGUUACAACACCCAGUACAUCACUUACGAGAGCCUUCUCAACAAUGAGUUCGACUUCAAUUGGUACUUCUUUUUCCAGCAGGAUUGGUGGACCCAACAAUGAUGAUGAUGCAGAAAAUCCAUCUGGUAAUGCUCCAUCCAAUGUUGCUCAGUCAGUUGCUGCAGAAGCAAACUUCUCGUGUUCAUUCAGUGGCAAGAGAUAUGGUUUCGAUCAAGUUUAUGCUGCCAAAGUCGAUUGCCCAUACCCUGGUAUGUCGGACCAGGAACUUUUGGGACCAAAUGGUCUCACUUUGAAAAUCUUGGCAUCUUAUGGUCUUCCUUAUGACUAUGAGUCUGAACUUAACCAGGAAACUUACUUGAAGGAAGCAUUCUUGAAGGCCUUGCGUACCAAUGAGUUUUGCUAUACCUGGAAUCAAGAAGAAGGACCAAGACUUCAUGAACAGGGUGCUUUGGGCUUUGGAGUUCUAAUGCCACUUUCCCCUUUGGCCAUUGCACUUUCUCCAGACAAGGACCAAAGCAGAUCUCGUGAUCAUGGCAUUGUCUAUGCUAUGUUCAACAGAGCAACCUUUGACUCGAACAAGAACCUUCAACCACCUGUCAUGGACCUACAUGGAUAUAUGUGUGCAGCUCAGGCGAUGACAAUACUUCUCUUCAACCUUGAGAUUCCGAAGGAUGAUGAAACUCUGUUGUCAGCUACAAAGUCUAGGGCACCAAGAGGACGCACACCAACAAUCAUUGGCGCCACAGAGGUAGGCCAGAUCUACUACAGUAGACGUUCUACUUCAGGCUACAGCAGAAACUCUUCUUUCUGA